GUUAGAUUUGCAUUAACAAUUUUAGAAUCGUUGGUGGAAAAAAAUCCCGAAUCGAAGAAAGUUGUACUUUUGAAGUCUUUUCCUGUUUCAGGUCUUAAAGAGGGGAGAAUACUUUCUGCUCCUGUCGAACAAUUAUUCAAUGCUACAUGGAAAAUAGCAACAUUUCAAUGGAAAGGUUUUCUUGCUGUUGAACUUGAUUGUAAAGAGAACACCUGUAACACUGAAAAUUUCCCUUUGAACACCAAUCUCUGGUUUAAGUUAGUGUCAGCCAACGGAAGGAGUUUAACAAAAGGCAUUAAAAAAACAAUAAAAGGAGAUGUUACUACUAGAAUUUUCAAGUUCAUCAGAUGGGAUGAUAUGGAAGCUGAUUAUAUGGUCAACGGUUGGGUAGAUGUCGAAGUUCAUGUUGAGAUUUUGAGUAUCUCCGGUGCGGAGAUAGAUCAAACGCAAAGUUUGAAUAAUUUACAAUCGUCGAUUUCCGACCUUGUCCUGAAUGAAGAAGUAUAUCACACGUAAUAAUAUGUACUUGAACAGUGCUAGAAUGAGUAUUAUUCAGAAGAAGCUUUCACCUAGGUUGUCUGUCCUUCAAAGCAUCAAGUUUUAUAAACGGUCAGGAAUACUGGAGCUUCACACAUUGGCGGUAUAAUAUUCCAUGGAGGAUUCGAGCAAGAAAAACGUGGGAUUUUCUUUAGAUCUUUUUAUUCUGCAAUAAGGAACUUUGUAUGACUUCAAAUUGGCUUAUCGAAACUGAAUGCACGUUCCGAUUGGUUUCCCCAAAUGGGAAAAUCAUGAAGCAAACGUCGAAACUUGUUUUUGAAAAACCAGGAGGUCAAGGAAUCAAUAGAUUCAUUCGAUGGACCGAUAUGAUGGCUCAUUACUCAGUCGACAACCACGUCAUCAUAGAUGCCUAUGUAAAAAUUGAAAAAAUCCAAGAAUACUCUCGCGAAACUCAUUUCACUGAAAAAAGUUGUUCACUGUCGCACACCAUCAGAAAUGUUUCAAGUAUGGAAGCAGGAAGGGAAGUUUUUAGUAGAUCAGAAGAAUGGUAUGGAGUUUUAUGGAGUAUAUCUAUAAAAAAUAACAAUGGAUUUGCUUCAUUAAUGUUAAACUGUGAAAACGAGCUCAUUGAGAAAGAACGGUGGGCAAUUCAAGCUAGCUACCAACUUUCGCUUGUUUAUUGUCAUGGAAACCGCAUCACUUUGAAUAAUUUUGAAUACAUUUUUGAAACCCCCGGUUCAAACGGAGAACCAAAAAUGAUACCAUGGAAGACUUUGUUACGUUAUUUGACUUAUGACAGUGUCACAAUUGAGGCUCGUAUAAUUUUUAUUCGGGAUAUAGAUUCUUCACUAGAAAAUGCGUUUUCAAUGUCCCAUACUCUCCAAAGCAUGUCGAAUAUGAAAGAAGGAGAGUCUCACUUCAGAAAUUCAUCAUGAUAUUCCAUGGUACAUAUGUUCACAGUUUUAUCUUGAAUCAGAUAUAUUUUCAGGAGAAUUUCUGUGAAAAAAGAACAAAUGUGCAUUUUGGUAUAUCUUCAUUGUGACAAAUUCGUGUGCAACGAUGAACACUGGUCCGUUCAAACUGAAGUUCAGCUUAUGUUGGUGUCAGAAACUGGAAGAACUUUAACUGACCGAGUCACUCAUAUCUUCGAGAGACCCGAAGGAAUCUGUUGGACAAAAAGCUUGAAGUGGGAAGAUUUGGAGAAAGACUUCAUGGUUGAUGACAGUGUUAGGAUUGAAGCUCGUGUCAAAGUAAUAGAGUUGAAAGAAGUCGGCAAUGAAGAGGUCACAGAAGAAGUGAAUCAGAUUAUUGCAACAAUGUGAUC